GCAUCUUGCUUUUAAUGUGAAGACGUCAGCAACACAUACUGAUAGGGGACAAGAUCAAGCGAAUUCUGAACCUAGCCAGGCUGCGCAAUCGCCUGAAACCUGCAUGCUAUGUCCACCACUCUGGUCACGCCCACUCCGCCAUGCAGAUCUGGUCAGCCUUGUGGACCCCGUAUCUCUUCCUGCAUCUUCUGUCCGUACAAGCCGCGUGGGUGAGCAAAUUCUAUUGCGCCUCGUCGCAGCCAACCGACCCUGCGGAGAAGGACUUUCGCGUCGAUAGUCUGCAUGGUUUCUUCGACACCCUGGAUAGUUCGACACGUUUGAGAUUAUCUAUAUUGGGGGUCCACAAUGUCUCGCAAUUCUCUUGUAGUGAUCUCGAUCUCGCGGGGCUUGGGGAUGCUGCGAGACUCCAUGUUCUAGGCCAUCCAGUGGGCCAUGUAGAGCAUGUGAGGAGUGAUUGUCCGCUCCCUAUCACGGACACCCUGACCCCCCCCGAAGGUCUUCUGUUCUCGAAAUUCGAGAUCGGCUACUCUUUCAGCAGCAAUCAUCGGCUCCAGACCCUCGCGACGGAGAUCAGCUUUCACUCGCAGUCUGGCGAUGAACUCGAUUGUGCUGCUGUUAAAAUUACCCCAGACAUUGGGAAAGAUGUAUCUGCUGUUAUCACCUAUCUACCUUUUGCCGUGGUAGUGUUAGUUGGUCUAGCUUCAUGGUACAAUCGAUCCAAUGCGCUGGAAACCCACUCACACACUGAGCAUCAAAGCCCCUGGGCUUCCCAAAAUCUCAUCUGGGCGAUCAUUCUUGACGUCUCAGAUUACAUCCGAUACUUACAGUUUGUAUUCUUAGCUGGCUCACUCACGAUGGAGUAUCCGGGGUUUUACCAACCGGUGGCCAGCCAGGUGGCCUGGUCAUCGCUCUUAUACUGGAGUGGCCCGAUCGACCAUGGUUUCACGUACAGAGGGGUUGAGGACGGCAUGUAUGUCAGUAACGGAUCCUACGGGUUGGAAUAUAUGUCCCAGAUGCUGGGAUUUCCUCAAAUGCCUGAUAUCAUGUUCGACACGUUCAUUAACCUGUUUCUCUUGAUCUCCGGCCUGGUCGUCGUUCUCGUGGCCCUCUACCUCCUUACAUUCGGACCCAGUCAAAAGCUCCCGUUCCCGCUGGCUUUACGCGAUGGCAGUUAUAUGACUCUCGGUUUGACCUUGUCGUUCUUCAGUCUUCCGCUCUUGUCCUUUAUGUCUUACGAGCUGAUUCUCAUUGGAUAUCUGCCGAAUUACCGAGUCAUUCUCGUCGGACUCGGCAUGGUCAUUAUUGUUCUCGCGAAUUACCUCAUCAAGCGCCAGUUUGACUCGCGUAUUGAAAUGGAGGAUCCAUCGCCACUGGGCGAUCUCAAUACGGAAUAUCAGCCGAGCCUUCUUCGAGAGGCUCUGACGGCUUUCUCGCACUAUCUGCCCCCCGCCAUCCCGUUGGUGCAAGGGAUCGUGAUCGGUGGUUUACAAGACUACGGCCUAGUACAGCUGCUAUUGCUGGGCUUUUGCGAAGUUACAUUUCUUAUUCACGCAGCGGUUCAACGGCGCUUGCAGAUUUUUGCAUCCAGAAAUGCAUGGUGUGCUGUAGUUCGGCUUCUGACACUGUGUCUGGGCAUUUCCUUCACCACCUCUCUAAGUGAGUCCGGUCGUCAAUGGAUUGGAUACCUUAUGUUAUGUCUCCACGGUGUGGUUAUCCUAGCCUUCCUCCUGCUUUCUAUAUGGGAGAUAUCUCGUGCAUUGCGCAAAGGAAAGUUUCUGCCGAGGUUACGCACCCCCCAGUCUCUGGUGCUCACGGACCUUGAACCUGCCCGCCGCAGCGCCAGCAGUGGGUCGACAUCGGAUAUUAAUCCCUCGAUUGAUCAAAAAGGCAGCUUUGAUAGUUUCGCGGACUAUAACCGUCCCGGAUCGUCUGGCACGUCCUCAUACAGGGGCUUCGACACACCGAUCAGCUUCAACAACUAUCACAAUUUUACAGCACCUCCGACCUCGACACCGACAAAUACAAAGCACUACGUCACUGACUUCUCGGCCUUUUACCGUGCUCCUCGAGCCCGUUCAGGGCCUCAGUCUCUUCAUGCGGCUACUGGAAGGAGAUCAACAUCUGGCAGUUUUAGUUCGCCGGCGGAUCCGAGCGCUCACUCCUCAUUCGAAAGUAAGGCUGCAAAUCGCCUGUCGCGGAACACUCUCGAUGAGUGGUUAGAUGUUCCUGGUCGCUCGAAUGUCGAUUAUUCAGUCAGAGAAUCGGAUCAGUUUUAUGGCAGACCUAAAAUUAGCAGUGCGGUCUCCGAGGCUUCCUCGACGGUUGGGUUAACUAGGAAUAGCAGUGGCGAUAUAUCAGGGAGGGAGGCACUGCAGGGCUGGGCCAGACAGGCUGUAUCUCGUUUGAGGGAACCCAAAAAAGGGAAGAAGAAGGGGUUCGAGGUAGUGAGGCCACCGAGACCAGGACCGCCAGGUGGGCCAGGGCCUGUGUGAUUUUCAUCCUCCUAAAGCAAGUCGAUCAGAUAUGACCAACUGAUACGAGUGGGCAAUGGCAUGUCAUUUGGUUUCCAGGAGGGGUGAUAGUGAUAAUUGGUGUUUCGCACGGCUUGCACAUUGUCUACUUAGCUGUCGACUUAUCUGUCG